CACCACUAGUAGCACAGUCAGUAGCAGUGGGAGUGGAGCUCCAGCCUUCUUCCAGAGGAGCCUACCUACUGGACACCUGCUGACAGUACCCAGGCCCUCUACAAACAGCUCAGCACUAGGAAAUACAGAGAGCUCUCCAGGAAACACGCCAGUCUUCGUCAGCAUUUGGGAUCAGGUCAGUUUGGGACAGUGGUCCAGGGGGUGUGGAGUUCCCCGAGAGGACCGGUGGAUGUGGCAGUCAAGACUCUCAAACCAGGCAGCACUGAGAGCGACAAGAUCAGGUUUCUGCAAGAGGCCGCCAUCAACGGACAAUUUAGACAUCCCAAUGUUGUGAAGCUCAUUGGUGUGGUCACCAUUGAUCAACCAGUGAUGAUAGUGUUGGAGUUGAUGAGCAAUGGAGAUCUUAGGAACCAUCUGGUCAAGCUGAGAACAAAAGGUUCGUCAUUGGUACAGCGGGAUGAUCUGUCUCGGCGGUUGCUCAAGUUCUGUCAAGACGUGGCUGCAGGGAUGAGCUACCUGGCUGACAAGUCAUUUGUGCACCGAGACCUGGCUGCCAGGAACAUUCUCAUGUCACAUGACCUCACCUGCAAGAUCAGUGAUUUUGCCAUGUCUCGCGGACUGGAAGAGGAGACGUACUACAUGUCUAAAGGAGGCAAGAUCCCCAUCAAGUGGACUGCCCCUGAGGCAAUCCACUACAAGAAGUACUCGACAGGCAGUGACGUGUGGAGCUAUGGGAUGGUCAUGUAUGAGAUAUGGAGCCUUGGACAGAAACCCUUCUCUGACUUCACUAAUGCUCAGUUAACACAGACGGUGAGUCUACUGGAGAGGUCAUUCUGUCUCCCUCCUCCUCCCGGUACACCUCAUGAGAUCUACUCUCUCAUGGUCCAGUGCUGGCACCCAGACAAGUCAUGUCGGCCAUCAUUCCCGUCUCUCUCUCACCACCUCGGUCUCCCAGUCUCCCAACUACUCCACUGGAGUACAGAGGAGGUCACUGGGGUGGGGCCUCAGGCAAUCAUGCUAGGGGCUCCCCUCAAGACUGCCCACAAGCUCCACAUGACUCUGCAGAACACUUACCACACACAGCUAUAGUCAGACUCUAUAUUAUUUCAUAGUGACAUGUGUCUGUGUGCUUUCCAUAACAAGU